GUGCAUUAACAUUGUCUGUGGCUGAGAUCUUGUGACUGUUUUUCUGGAUUAAUUUCUAAUUAGAAUUAAAACCCGUUGAAAUCGUGUAAAUUAUAAUACUAGUUAUUUUGAGGAAUUUAUUAUAUCUCGUAGUGAACGUAAUUAAUAGUUUAAAUACCUUUGCAACGGCGUACAGGUAUCUUAUUAAAGACAAUGGCUGGGACAGAUGAUGACAAGCCUAAAGAAAACGAAGGUGAAAAUAUUAGUUUAGAAACUGAGGAUGAGGAAAAUGAAAUCGUAAGAGAAGAAUAUUAUCAAUUGGAUUCUAAGCUGGAUGAAUUGAAUCAAGCGUUGGAUAUUUUAGAACAAAAAAAUGAUGAUAUACAUUCCAGAUUGCUAGAACUCUUGCAAUCUAACAGAGACAUUAGAGAGCAGUUAAAACAUCAACAGGCUGAAAAUAAUAAAUGAAUCAACAUUGUUAACUGGACUAAGCUGAUUUGGUGAAGAAAGAAAUUUAGAAUUAAAGUGAAUAGCAAAAUAAACUUAUAUAUUAGGUAUAUUUAAUAUAAAAUGUAAUUAGGUACAUAAUAAUGAAAAUAUAUUUGAAUAACUUUCUUUAAUGUUUAAUUCCUUUCUUAUAUGUUUAUUUAUAUUUUCAAUCAGAUGUAUCAUUGGUUUUUUCUGUGGGCCUUGCAGGAAUUAAAGGGAUUUUUACCAAUGGUCCCUGUGAGUCAUAAUUUAAUAAUGGCGUGUUUUUUUUUAUUCAUUUUAUAUGCCUGAAUACUGUUAAUAUAUUUAUUGGUUGUAAUUUUUUAAAUUCGAUAAUUUUGCAUCUUUUCAGUGAGAUAAGAAAGAGUAUAGUAACCACCCAUAUUUUAAUCAUUAUUAACAGACUUGACAAAAAUAUAUAGGUUUUCAAUUCAACAUGUAUUUUUGUUUGUUAUGUAGGUAAAGAAUGUGUGGUCUAUGUGUAAAAACACAUUUUCUUAUGUUAGAGACAUACAGACAAGUAACAAAACAUACAUUAAAAUCGACUACAAAGUUUUCAAUUAUUUAACAUAUUUAAUGUACUGGGCAACCACAGAGCAUACAUAUAACACUGUUUAUAAUUGUACCUGCAUUGUUAAAAAUUCAAUGUUAUGUAGUUUUUAAAGUACAUAAAUAAAAAACUGUUAAUUAUUUAAA